GGUUUGCAGCGCUUCAGUGUUUGGUUUGUUUAAAGCGACGUGAAACGUUAAAGCUGCUCAGAAGGCUGUUAACAGCACGGAAAUAUUAACGAAACCAUUGUGCCUCAGUAAUGUGAAGUGAAUGCAGAUUAUUACAGAAUGCAGAGCUGUAAUGUUUCGAGGCCUGUUCACAUCAAGAGUGAAGCAAAAACCACCCUUUACAGUCCUUCAGGACCAGAGCUUAUAGCCAGGUGUGUUUACACAUUACACGAGGAGUCUGUUUUGAUGACAGAAGCUCUACACUCUGGACUGCGUCUGGGAGAGAGUCGGUCAUUUCACAGGCGACGAGGUCUAAAUAUGGAGUUCGUCAGAGUGGUGAUUGGAGACGUGAGCGAUCCAGAACCAUUCAAGAUAUUAAAGGAUGACCCUGAGGAGCACAGAGACCUGGUGGAGGUGAAGGAGGAAAGUCACGAGCUGAACGAGGCGGAGGAGAAACAUCCGUUUGAGGAACCUCACGCAAUCAUAACCAGUGAGAAAUCAUCGAGCCGCUCACAAACUGAGAACAAAAGCACGCAGAAAACAGCGCUCAUCUGCCCUCACUGUGGAAAGACUUUUAAACAGAGAGGACACCUUGACGAUCACAUAAGGACUCACACCGGAGAGAAGCCUUACGCCUGCCUCCAGUGCGGAAAGAGCUUCACGCACAAAGGAAACCUCAAGGAUCACAUGAGGAUUCACUCCGGAGAGAGACGGUUCGCGUGUCAGCAGUGCGGGAAGAGGUUCACGCAUAAAGCCAACCUCACGGAUCACAUCAGGAUCCACACGGGAGAGAAACCCUUCGCCUGCGAUCAGUGCGGGAAGAGCUUCACACACGCCACCAGUCUCAAGACUCACCUGCUGUCUCACUCCGGAGAGCGGCCCUUUAACUGCGAUCAGUGCGGACAGAAAUUCAUUCUAGCGGCGCACUUGAAGAGACACCUGAGGAUCCACACCAACGAGAGGCCCUACGUGUGCUCCUUCUGCGGGAAGAGCUUCUUGUGGCUCUGCUAUUUCAAAGACCACCAGAAGAAGCACACGGGUGUGAAAGCGCACGUGUGCUCCGAGUGCGGCAGCGCCUUCACCAGAGCCAGCGAACUGAAGAUGCACCAGAGGACCCACACGGGAGAGAAGCCCUACAGCUGCUCGUACUGCGGCAAGAGCUUCGCCGAGUCUGGGAACCUGAAGAAGCACGAGCGGGUUCACACCGGGGAGAAGCCCUACCAGUGUCCCUCGUGCGGAGGCAGUUUCAGCCAGUUUAGCCAUUUGCUGAGACACUUAAAGCAGCAGAGCUGUCCGAAGCUGACGCAGUUCAUCUUCAGGCCUCCGGAUGAGCAAAGCUCGUCCUCCGCUGCAACGCUGGCGAUUGAAUCAAAGGUAGAGUUUCUACCAAAAUAUCACAGUGGAGAACUGAAGAGCAAUGCGAUGGGUGAAAUCUCAACCAGUCAACAGUCAGCUGGUAGAUCUCGAGACCAUCAGUGCCAGACUCACGAAUCUGGUCCUCCAUACUUCAUUGCAAUGAGCUGUGACAUUGUGAAGAUGGAGUGUAUUAAAGAGGAGAAUGAUGAUACAUGCCAUCAUUGUGGAAAGAGCUGCUCAAGUAAAGGAAGCCUCGAAGAACAUGUGAGAAUUCACACCGGAGAGAAACCGUUCACAUGUCCUCAGUGUGGAAAGAGUUUUUCACGUAAAAGAUGCUUUGUGCUUCACAUAAGGAUUCACACCGGAGUGAGGCCGUUUGCGUGUGAGCAGUGUGGAAAGAGUUUCACAUGUCGAGGAUCCCUUAAGUCUCAUUUAAGGUUUCACAGUAAUGAGAAACCGUUCAAGUGUCCUCAGUGUGAAAAGAGUUUUUUAAUUAAAAGAGUCCUUGAGGAUCACAUCCGAAUUCACACCGGAGAGAAGCCAUUCACAUGUGAUCAGUGUGAAAAGAGUUACAAAUGGUCAAAUAGUCUCAGAGUUCAUAAACUCCUUCACUCCGGAGAAAAGCCAGUUAAGUGUGAUCAGUGCGAUAAGAGGUUUGUUCUGGAAAAAGAACUAAAGGCCCACAUGAAAACUCACACUAAAGAGAAGCCUUACUUGUGUUCUGUUUGUGGAAAGAGGUUUUCAUGGCGGGGCCGUUUUAAAGAACAUUUAAAAAUCCACGCUGGGGUGAAAGACUACUUGUGCGCAGAUUGUGGUAAAGCCUUCACUGGAGCCACUCAGCUGAAAGUGCACCGCAGGAUCCAUACUGGAGAAAAACCUUACAAGUGUUCGCAUUGUGACAAGAGUUUUGGACAGUUAGGAGGCCUGCAAAACCAUGAGAGAAUCCACACCGGAGAGAAACCGUUCCAGUGCCAUUGGUGCAACAAGAGAUUUGGACAUUCUGGAACUGCUCAGACUCACAUAAAGAAGCACUGCCCAAAAUUAAAGGCAAUAUGACUGGAGACACAAGACCUUAAGAGCUCAAGUGUUACCUUUUUUGUGAUUAUUGUUUCACUCUAUCCUGUUAUCCUGGUUCUCUUCCUAUCUUACAGAUAGGCAAUAAAACAUUGCUAUGAAAAAUUAUAACUCC